UUGUCAACAUUCCAUAGCUACCUAGUGCGGAGCCAGGACUGGAAGCCAGAUCUCCUCAGCCCAUUCCCCACCUUAAUUCACCCACCGUAUUCUUUAGUCACCAGCUCCCCAGAGCCCACAAACAACUAUGAAGGCCUAACUUCAUUGCCAUCUUGCAGCCUUUCCACAUCCCUCAUCCAGAAUUUCUCCUGUGCUGCCCCUUGACACUUUAUGACCUUAUUACUUUUCUUAGUACAGUCGUUCUUGUGUUAACAGCUGUUCGUGAAUGGAUGAGCGGCUGUGAGGAGAGGGACAAAGGGGACUCCAAGAGAAAGACUCUCAUAACUUGGGUUAGAGUCCUGCUCCCCAACUUGGGAGCUGUGAUUUUAAGCAAGUCACAAGUCCUGUCCAAGCCUCUAUAUGCUUCGUACAAAUAAUAAAUUUUAAAAAAUAAUAAUAGCUUAGUGUUUUAUAAGGACUAAACACAGUCUUGCAGGUAGAUGUGCCUGGAACACUGUCCACUGAUUCCAAUAUAAGAAAGCAUAAAACUAAUCAUAGCUAUCAUUUAUUGAGCCCUUACUCUCUGCCAGGCACUGUGCUAAGUAGUUUACAUAGGUGACCUCAUUUGACCCUCACAACCCAAGGAAGGGAAUAUUUUGUCACCAUUUUAUAGGUCAUUAAGAGAUUAAGAAACUUGCCCAAUAUUACACAGAUAGUUAAGUUUCAAAGCCAGAUCUGAAACAUCCUGGUCUGACUCUAGAGACCAUUUAACCACUAAAACGUCUGCCUCUGCUGUGUUAGUGAUCUCUCUGUGCCCCAUGGUGUCUGACACAUUAUAGAUGCUCCGUGUUUCUGAAAUAUGUCUAUUUAUUAAAGGCUGAGCAUAGUGCCUGGCCCAGGAGCCUAAGAAACUUGACCAAGUCAUGCAACUAUUAAGUUUUUUUUGUUUUUAUUUUUGUUUUUUCGAGACAGAGUCUUGCUCUGUCGCCCAGGCUGGAGUGCAGUAGCGCGAUCUCAGCUCACUGCAAGCUCCGCCUCUCGGGCUCACGCCAUUCUCCUGCCUCAGCCUCCCGAGUAGCUGGGACUACAGGCGCCCGCCACCAGGCCCGGCUAAUUUUUUGUAUUUUUUUUUAGCAGAGAUGGGGUUUCACCGUGUUAGCCAGGAUGGUCUCGAUCUCCUGACCUCGUGAUCUGCCCACCUCGGCCUCCCAAAGUGCUGGGAUUACAGGCGUGAGACACCGCGCCCGGCGCCACUAUUAAGUUUUAGGACCAGGAUUUGAACACAAACACUCUGGCUCUAGAGUCUACGCUUUUUAACCAUAAUUCUGGGCUGAAUGAAUAAUUGCAAUCCUUCUUUAUCUUCCUCUUUGAAUAAAAUGAUUUGUCAUUUUAUUCAUUUAUCCUCUUUGUCACUUAAUAUUCCAUGUUUCAAGAGUCACCAGGACAUUCUGGUGUAGCAUGAAGGUAUGAUAACACAGGAGAAGGAACAAGGAGAGGUCAAGGCUAGGAAAGGACAUUGGGGCCAUACCAUGAGCUGCUGCUGGGAUGUUUUAUUAGGAUUGUGACAAAUGUAUAGAUAAGUACAGAAGAAAUUAACAAUCGUCUCUACUUAGAUUUUCUUUUAUGUUCCUCAAUAGUACUGUAUAGUUUGUAUCCCAUAGGUCCUAUUCGGAAUGUUGUUACAUUUUUCUGGACAUUUGAUGGGUUGUUUGCUAUAAUGAAUGAAACUUUUCCUUCUACCAUAUUUUCUUACUAAUAAUUAUAUCCAGGAAAAUUUUUAAUCUUAUGUAAUAAUAAGUACCUUAUUAAAUUGUAUGUAUAUACACUAAUUUAGUUUAUUAUUUUAUACAAACUAUAAUUACAUAACAUUCUAUUCUGUGGAUCUGCAAUAAUUUAUUCAACCAUUCUCACCAGUGGGUCUUCACCUGUUUCCUUUUAUUAUGGGGGCAGGAAGGCGACAAAGUUUUGCUCUGUUGCCCAGGCUGGAGUGCAGUGGCGUGAUCUUGGCUCACUGCAAUCUCUGCCUCCCAGGUUCAAGCAAUUAUCCUGCCUCAGCCUCCUGAGUAGGUGGGAUCACAGGCACCUGCUACAACACCCAGCUAAUUUUUGCAUUUUUAGUACAGCCAGGGUUUCACCAUGUGGGCCAGGCUGGUCUCGAACUCCUGACCUCAGGUGAUCCGCACGCCUCCCAAAGUGCUGGGAUUACAGGUGUGAGCCACCACACCUGGCCUUCACCUGUUUCUAUUUUUUUGGUAUUAUAAAAAAUGCUGCAGUGAAUAUCCUUGUACAUAUAUACUAGCACACUCAUGCUUUUAUUUCUGUAAGCUAUAGCCAAAGGGACAGGGUAUGUGCAUUUGAAAUGUUAAUAUAUAAUGAGUAUUCCCCCAAAGCUCCGUAACAAUGUAUAGUUCUACCUAGAGUGAAUGAUUGCACAUAUUUCUUCUUACCCUUACCAAAAUUUGAUUUAUCUUUUAAAUUCUUGUUCACUUAACAGGUGGUAAUUCUGAAAUUCUGAACUCUGAAUUUUUAAUUUGUACUUCCCUGAAUACUUGUAAAACUGAAAAACUUUUUAUUGCAUUUCGUCUUUUGUGAACUGCCUAUUCAGAUACUCUAUCUUUUAUUGUUUCUAAUAAUUCUUAAUUAAGUUUCUUGGGUUUUCUAGAUGUAAGUUAUAUCGCAUAUAAAUAGUAAUAAAUUUGCCUUAAGAUUUCCAAUAUUUAUACCCUUUGCUUUAUUUUCUUGUCUAAAUAUAAUGGCAAACACUUUCAGAACAAUGUGAAAUAACAGAAAUAAUAGGAAGCAUCUCUGCCUUGCUCCUAAUAUUAAUAGAAAUUAUCCCAUAUUUUACCAUUAAAUAUGAUGCUGCAAUUUUAUCUGAGAUAUACAUUUCUCCAUUAUAUUGAAUAGUAUUCAUCCAUUACCAUUUUACUUAGGAUUUUAGUGGGAAUUAAUGUAAGAUGUUAUCAGAAGGUAAUAGUGACUUUCUUUUUUAUCCAGUAGUAUGUUAAUUAAUAGAUUUCCUAAUAUUAAAUCAUCCAAGAAUUUCUAAAAAUGAAACCUUAUUCCAUUUGUCAUGGUGUAUUAUAUUUUUAAUAUCUUGUACGAUUGGUUAAUUUGUGUGUGUGUGUAAUUUUUGAUUUUGGUUUUCUUGAGACAGGGUCUCACUGUCAACCAGGCCAGAGUGCAGUGAAGAUCAUACCUCACUACAUCCGUGAACUCCCGGGCUCCUCCCACCUAAGUCUCUUGAGUAGCUGGGACUUCAGGAGACUGAAGCCAAGGAUACCAGUAGAGCCAAUAUUUGCUUCAAGUUCCUGGGCCUGCUGACAGCGUGCAGGAUGCUGUUGGAACCCGGCAGAGGCUGCUGUGCCCUGGCCAUCCUGCUGGCAAUUGUGGACAUCCAGUCUGGUGGAUGCAUUAACAUCACCAGCUCAGCUUCCCAGGAAGGAACGCGACUAAACUUAAUCUGUACUGUGUGGCAUAAGAAAGAAGAGGCUGAGGGGUUUGUAGUGUUUUUGUGCAAGGACAGGUCUGGAGACUGUUCUCCUGAGACCAGUUUAAAACAGCUCAGACUUAAAAGGGAUCCUGGGAUAGAUGGUGUUGGUGAAAUAUCAUCUCAGUUGAUGUUCACCAUAAGCCAAGUCACACCGUUGCACAGUGGGACCUACCAGUGUUGUGCCAGAAGCCAGAAGUCAGGUAUCCGCCUUCAGGGCCAUUUUUUCUCCAUUCUAUUCACAGAGACAGGGAACUACACAGUGACGGGAUUGAAACAAAGACAACACCUUGAGUUCAGCCAUAAUGAAGGCACUCUCAGUUCAGGCUUCCUACAAGAAAAGGUCUGGGUAAUGCUGGUCACCAGCCUUGUGGCCCUUCAAGGUAUGUCCAAAAGAGCCGUAAGCACCCCAAGCAAUGAGGGUGCUAUUAUAUUUCUGCCACCUUGGUUAUUCUCCAGGAGGAGAAGGUUGGAAAGGAUGUCCAGGGGGAGAGAAAAAUGUUACUCAAGCCCUGGCUAUCCACAGGAAAGUUCAAACCAGUUUCACUGAUCCAAAGGCACUAAGGAGGAAGACAGAUAAAUCAGACUUUUCAAUGGGUAGGAGGUAAGACUCAUUAGGAAAGAAGGCCUGUGAGAGAGGCAAGUUAGUACAACUACCUCUACUCACUUCAUGAACAGAGGGCUACAAGUUGAAGCAACAGAUUUUCGGCUAUUAGAGGAAGAAAAGGCAAGAGACAGACUUGGUUUGGAGAUGGGUUUUGAACAAUGCGGCUCCUCAGCAAAGGCUGAUGGCCAGAUUGAGUAUAUUAAACACAUAUAGCUGAGUCCUCUGAAAACCAUUUACCAAUAUAGAUUAGCGUUUUCCCUAUUAGAUAACAAAAAGUGAAACUUCCAAUAAUUUGUCAUAACGUUUUUGCAUAACAAGCAACUGAUUCAGGUUUUUGCCUGGCCUUGGCAUUCUUAACUCCAUUUUAUUUAGGCAUUCCUCAAAUCAAUAACUACCACUGUUUUGAAUGGCAUCAGAAUGUAAGCUCUAUAUAUGUAAGGACUUUGUCUUCUUUACCCCAACGAAAAGUCCCACACGUAUGGCAGGCUCUUAAUAAAUUUGUUAAAGAACCUGUAUGAUGAAUCAGAUGCUUUACACAUGAUGAUUCUAACCUUAUACAACACUUGCAAGCAAACAUCCCCUGGUUACUCAUCAGAAAACAGACACAAGGAAGUUAAAUAGGGCCUGGUGCGGUGGCUCACGCCUGUAAUCCCAGCACUUUGGGAGGCCAAGGCAGGCAGAUCCCUUGAGCCUAGGAGUUUGAGGCCAGUCUGGGCAACAUGGCAAAACCCCAACUAUACAAAAAAAUACAAAAAUUAGUCAGGCAUGGUGGCACACAACUGUAGUCCCAAGCUAAGGCAUGAGGAUCACCUGAGCCCAGGCUGGUUGAGGUUGCAGUGAGCCAUGAUCAUGGCACUGUACUCCAGCCUGGGUGACAGGCUGAGACACUUUCUCAAAGGAAAAAAAAAAAAAAAAAAGUGUUAAUUGUUGCCCGUCACAGCAAUUAAUACAGAUCCUUCUCACUCUAAAACCUUACACUCAGUAAUGAUGUACUAUAUGCAAAGCACCUCUUACAUCCUUCACCACCCCAUUCAUUCUGAGAUUGACUCCUCCCCUUUCCAGAAACAGGACCACCUAGAUAUUCCCUAUUCCAGUCCCUUAUUUGCAAGUCAUCAAAAGAAAACAGAGAUUUCAAAAAGAAAACAGAGACCUUAUCUGUAAUCCUUGGUAAGGAUCUUCCAAAUUUAAGCCUAUGCCAGUUUUCAGGAGGAAACAUGAAUAUGAAACAGUCUAACCUUUAGACAUAAUUUUUUGUUGACUUUAAAUUCCCUUGGUUAGGCCACUGUAACCAGUAAAAUUUUAUUUUAGAAUAAAAAUUCUAAAGGGGAAAUUGAGUCUAGCCAUACAACCUACUACCAGUUACUAUCUUUGAUUCCCAAGUCAUCCUAGAGCAAAAAA